UCCGCCCAGUCACGAAUGGCGGCUUCCUACGAGUGAGAACGAGAGCUGUUAAACACGGAUGUUUACAUACACAUCUGCAAAGAGACUGCCCGCUGGCUUGUGUGAGAAUGCAGUGCAGAUGACCUAGGAGACCUCUAAGGACACAGUGUCUUUCUUUCAUCAGUUAAAAUGAAAAGUAACCUCAAGCAGCGUAUCACCUCUAUGGUGAAAGAGCUCAUUCCACUUGGUGUUCCUCGCCAUUCCAGCACCGAUGAGACAAGCACAAUUCAUCUGGUGACAAGCCGCCUAUCUCAGGAGCCUGACGAUAAGAAUGUAAACACUCUGGGAGUCUUAAACCCACUGCCAAAACGCAUGUUGCCUCUCAAAGGUCCUGAGCUGGAGCGCACAAGUACGUCUGCUGUAGCCUCAUCUUCAGGUUCCAAAAAAAGCUCAGGAGGAGGUCAGGACAGACUCUCCAGUAACAAUGUGUUCAUGAGAAAACUGCAAAUUGACAACAAUGACAACACUCACUCCAGUAAAGAUGGGUCACUCCACUCUGCUGCUAAAAAAGGUGUGCUGUUCCAAAGGACAAAUUCUUACAACAGAGAGAGGGAAUUUGCCUUGGCUUUGUGUAAGAAGUUGAACGAGAACCUCAAGGUUGAUAAGGUUAUGCUGCACUCAGGGAGCCCUCAGCAGCAACAGCAGAGUCCUGUGUCUCCCCCGCCUGUUUCCAGGCCUUUUUCAGAGAGCCAUACUUCAUCAGCCUCUCGGAGGGAAGGUAGGAACCCUGGCAGCAGUGUGGAGCAGCAGGUCCAGCACUCUGCUGAAAAGGAGGACAAGCUGCUGAAUGGGGAUCACAGUUCUUCUUUACACAGCCCUGUUUUGUCAUGCCUGGAAGAAAGCACACCCAGCCAGGCGAACACACCAGGUGGCAGGUUAUCCCUAAAGAGACGAAAAGAAAGCAGUACAGAUGGAAAGAGGGAGGGCAAGAGAUUGUGUCAGGAGGACAGUUGCCUCACCCCGACAUCUGCAAACAUCAGUUCUUCAACUGGAGCUCAGAAUAUCAGCUCACCACCAAAGUACGUCAAAUGUGCCAUCCUAAAGACAACUAGUGAGAAAGGCUCGCUAAUAUUAGAAGAUAGAAAAAGGACUUCUAUCUCUUUGUCCAGCAGUUUACCCAGACAGCUCUUCAAAGAGCAAAGCAGAGAACCAGGGUCAGAGAAUUGCAAACCCCAGCUGGUGACUCAGCCCACUAAUAACACCGGAAUAGGUUGUCUGAAAGAGGAGAUUAAAAAAUCUAAUGAAAGCAAAUGCCAGGUGGAUAAUUUGCUCACUGCUGACAUGUCCCCGUUACUUUCCUGCAAGCUUACCCAAAAGAGCAGGGAUGAAAGAAGUUCAACUGCCUCCUCACACACAAGUUCCUUGCCAUGCCUUAUAAAAGAAAUUAAGAUCAGCUCUCCUCCCCACCAGUCAGAACUUAAAGCACCUACCUCCAAUAGCCCCAUGGGAUUAAAGAAGGGUGAAAUAAAGACCCCAAAACAGGACCCAGAUGAUAUCCCAAGAGCAAGUGUGCACGUCACACCUGCAAAGCAGGAUAGAGAAAAGAAAAAAGGCAUGGUUUGGAAGGAUCCUCUAGAUUUGGAGCUCGGCUAUGAUGGGGAGUUGGGACCGGAGAGCUGUGCUCUGAGUCUUAACAGCAGCAGUAGCAGCGAUGAGGAGCAGCUGCUGUCCCUGCAAGAAAUCAUGGAGCGCAGUGCACGUGUGCCCACCACCCCAGAGAUGGGAGCGUUCUCUGAGCCCAGCACACCAGCCCCUAAAGCAGCUCCUCAGGAUUUGAAAAGUAAAGUUAAAAGUUACAAGAACACACUGGAGCAGAUGCUGAAGGAGAAAGAGCAGAAUCAAAAGUCAAAAGAGCUUGAAAUGCAGUUGCUUGAGGCUUGCAAAGAAGACCUGUUGAAACUGGAGGAAGAUGAAGAGAAAGAAAAUGCAGAAGCAGCACUUUCACAUGAGCAAAGGGAAUUCUUACAGAAGUUCCCAGUUACCUCGUGUGCCAUUAAAGACAUCCACCCUGGAGAGGAAGUGUUCACGCUAGGCAGUUUUGGCAGACUUUUUGAUCACCAGAGUCUGGACCUAAGGAAGAUCCGUGUGACCCCAAAAAACAGAGCCCAGCAGACCCUGCUGCAAGCACCGGCAGAGCAUGUCCUGCUGCUGCUAAGUGCAGGCUUGUUUAGGAGAGCUUACUCCACCUCCAGCUGCCAGCCUCAAGUCACAUGCUGGCUCUUCCAGAUGAUGUCAGUCCACCCAAACCCCAGCACCUGUGCACAGAUUCUGCAGGCCAUGACUACUAUUGCCUUGUUUGCUGCUCAGCAUAUAGUGGAAAACAGCAAUAAGAAGUUUGAGGUGUGGGUGCCCAGUAUAAAGGAUGUUGCCCUAGUCUUCCUCAACAUGGGUGUGUCAUUUGUCAAUCUGUUUCCUCUGGAGGCUCUGCAACCCCAUUUUACAGAGGGAGAUCUACUAGAGAGUUUGGAAAUCCAGCCUGACAGAACAAGAACUGGGAAGCAACGAGAGACAUUUCCAGAACACAAUUUUGAGAAUGUUGUUAAGUACCUAGCACUAUGUGCUGCCUUGUGUCCAAGGGCAUACACUGACGAGGAGCUGCUGUUACUGUUGACACUGAUGUGUAGAGUGAGUCUGGAGACCUCUUUACAGCUGCUGCCCACAGGAGACCUCAGUUGCCUGCUACAACACAUCCUUCAGAACAUGACACAAUGGGAAAUCCAGUUGUCUCAGGUUUGUCAGGCUAUUAUUGACCUGACUGAGGACCACCACAACCUUAGACGACUGGUGCAGCUCCUGCCUUAUAGUGUCCGGGGAAAGCAAUUGAGGAGGCAUCUGAGCGUAUCGAUCAUCUCAAAACUGUUAAAUCACAGAUGCACUUAUAAACCCUCAUGUGUGGAAUUUCAGCUGUCAGAUCUGAGGAGUUACUUGCCUCGAAUGCGUCCCUCCUCCCUGUUAAAGGGCUUCAUAGCUACACAGAAAGAACAGCAGGAGACUGAGGACUGUGCCGUCACACCAGACCAGCAGGCAUAUUACCUCUGUUAUAGUCUUUUGGCUUUGACAAACGAAGCCUCCAAUUUUGAGUUUUUACCCUCAGACCAGAGAAAUGAACUGUUGCUGCUCUCUGCUGAACUGGAAAAACACAUCAAGUGUGACAUCAGGGAAAGUGAGAAAAUGCUGUACAGGAGUAAGGUGAAAGACUUUGUUGCAAGAAUUUACACCAGAUGGCAAGUACUCCUUCAAAGAUCACGACCCCAGGAGGGGAAGCUGUAUGACUAUUGGAAACCUCUUCCUGAGGAUGAAGUAUCCAUUAAUGAUGAGAGCCUUUCCACUGAGCCUCCAAAGCAGGAGGCCUCAGAGGAGUCUCAGAGUGAAGAUUCCAGCAGUGCCCAGUCAGAGGACGAAGAAUGGGUGGAGGCAGAAGAUUCAGUGCCAAUCAAGAGUGAGGAAGAGCUGGAAGAGAGUGUUGGAGAGACUGAGGAGAAGAAUCAAGUAGUGCAAGAGGUUUUAGGUGACAUGAAAGUGGAUGAACAGUUGGUAAAGUUAGAUGACGAAGAUCAGGAAGUUAAGCGUAACACACCUGUAGAUGAGGGGUCACUGGAAGGAGGAUGUCCUGAAGAGUUUAUGGAGAGUGACAUAGAUGAAGAGCGUCUACAAAAAGAUGGAGGUCUUAUGGAGACAGAACAUGAUGAGCUGGGGGAACUGGGGCUUUUAGAGAAGGAGCUAUUAGAGUAGUUAAUGGUUAAAGGACUGCUGUAAUGAAAGGGCCCUUGCACACCACAUAGUUAAGAGGUGCCUUUUUUCACAGCCUUUUGGUGUUAUUUCAGCAAGUGAGAUGAACAUUACUGCUGGGAGUUUGGGAAGCAAGAACAUGUGACACUUUAUGCUCGGCUGAGUGCUUAUUUUCCAAUAACGGUAGUUUUGCCUCAUUGAGUAUUAAUGAGCAAAAUCAUAUUAAUGAUGCCGUGUAAUGUGGAACGUGCUGUAGCCGUAAGUAUUUAUAGAUGUUGUAGUGUGUAAGGGUCCUUGUUCCUUAGCACCUUUUGCAAAGUAAGCCUGAUGCACUUCACUCUACUGCCUUAAAAAUCUUUAAAGGUGACUCCCUCAUUCAAUAGUUCUCAUGCAGGCCAGUUGUUCAUCCACGAUGGAUGCCCAGUUCCCUCUAGCUUUCAGUAGGUUUUUUUGUUCUAACCAAAUGCAAAAAUUAUUUUAUUAUCCAGCGAUGCAAUGCACACACCUCUCAGGCCCAAGAAUUCUACUCUUUAAGCUGCUGUCUGAUACGUAAAAUUUUCAUGUUUUUCAGUGUUAAUAAUUAUAUAGUUGUCUUUGAACAUUUUUGCUAAGGUUGAAAUAUAGCUUUUCUUGUUUGUCUUUUUUUCUAAAUGGUAAAGUUGAGUGACUUGAGGCCCUGCCAGGGUUUUUUGUCUCUUCUUAGUCUGUUAUUUGGAUCCAUGCAUUGCAGUCUUUCCCAACAAAACCAAGAAAAGAUCAUUUAAUGGUUGUGUUCACCAAAAGUAGUGCAACUUAGUAGUUCUUCUUAAUAGUUUUAUCAAUUUGACAGAUCAUCACCAAUCAUAUUUGACAGACAGAUGAUGGAUCGUUUUAGAAUUUGGAGGAAUGUUUUCUAGCAGCCUUGUAAAUGGACGAAACAGCAUCCAGUUUGUAGUCAUGACUUGGUACCUCACCCCGGUGACUUGAGAGAAAAGUCUUCAGCAUAACCAAUGCGCAUUAAAUGAUGGAUUUUAAGUGAAAUGCUCUUUUCAGAGGGUGUAACAGAAGACUGCUUAAAUAGACCAAAUGUUUUAUAUAUAAUUCCAUCCCUAUGCUGAUCACAUGGCACUAGAUAUGAUCAAAUGCACUUUUCUGAAGACUGCAUUGCUCUGCUGUUUUUGGUUAGUAUUAGCACUUUGUGUUGGUUUACAAUUCUUUCUGUUAAAAAUAAUAAUCUCUAAAUUAAAAUAAAUUUUUGUAUCAAUAAAUAAA